CUCUUAUCAAGAAUAAUAACCAAAAAUACAAGUUAAGCUGAAGAAGUUUAAAGACGAAGAAAAAUAUAAAUUGAAAUUUAUAAUUUGCUAAUUGGUGCUGAAAGGAGGGUAUUAAUGUAACUUGUGCACAAACCUUUUUCUUCCUAUAUAAAAUUUCCCAUCUGUAUUUCUCAUAAAAUUAAAGUCAAGUUCUUUUCUUUUUCUUUCUUUUUAUUUUAAAUCUUCAUUCCUUUAUUCACUCAUUUGCUUAUGAUAUCUAAAAAUAUUCUUCCUCUCUUUUUUAUUAUUUAUACAUAUAUUUCGACUUGUUUAGCGCAACUCGGUACCGAAAUUAAUUUACCCUUAACAAAUAGUACAGUCAAGCCUGGCGAAGUGGUUAAAAUCGAUUAUACUUAUCAGAACAUGGGUAAUGGUGUAUAUACAGUCAAUAUUGAUCUUUGGCAAGACCAAACAUUAAGUGUUCGUAGUCUGUCCAUUGCAUCUAAUGUUUCUGUCAAACCCGGCAAUUCAACAGGCACUCAGCUACCUCUUUAUUUAAAUGCCACAUAUGAUAACUGGAAGGUCCCUCAUGGUCUCAACGAAACGGUCUAUUUAACGGUAACCACAAAGCCCCAGCUAUCGUUUUCUAAUGUCACUUUAACGAUGCGUUCCAGGGCUAUUGUCCUUCAUGUAAACGCAGGUAGGAAGUUAUUUUUACCUUCCUUAAGUCCUACUAGUUUAUUAGGUUUAGCUAUAAUGUUGUUUGGAUUUAAUAGAUUUAUUUAAUAAACUUUUUCUCUUUUCCUCCUUCCUUUUUACUAAACAAACCAUCAAAACUAUAAAAACAUAUAUCAUGACUUGAUUUUAUUUGUCAUUCGAUAAACUUGAGCCAUUUGUUUGCUCCAUAAAAUAAAAUUAUGAUACACACUG